CCUCAUGGGUCUCUUGAGUAUAAAGCUAGAUAAGUGACUGGUGUUGUAGUCAUCAAUGCAUACAGCGAUCAUGUGGACGCCUCUCAUCUUUCUCGUCCUGACCUUCUCCUCAGGAGCACUUUCACAAUCCAGAAGUCGUUUUACACAUUAUCGUUCAUGGAACUCAAAAAUGUAUCCGGUCUGGAGGGAUGGAGAUCCCAGAUACAGAGACUGUUGGAAAGGCGGCGAGGUGACAUUUAAAGUCAGAAGUGAUUCUCCAACGCUGACAGGAGCCAAAGCCACUUUCAACAUUGAUGUUGGUUUCCCUCAGAACCAGACAGCACUUCCUGAUGGACAGGUGGUGUGGGCGAGAAACUGUACCAUUAAUGGAACGUCAUAUACUGUGGGACAGACUGUAUACCCUGAGUCCAACAUGCCUCAACAAUGGACAGGUGUCUUUCCUGACAGGACACCCUUCAAUAAGACCUCCAACAAAAAGUCCCGCUUCGUCUAUGUAUGGAAGAUGUUGGGAAAAUAUUGGCAGGUGGCUGAUGGUCCCUCCUCUCUACUGACCAUUGAAACAGACAAUGUGCCUCUUGGUUCUUAUUCCAUGGAAGUGGUCAUUUAUCACUGCCGUGGCAAAGACAAGUUCAUUCCUCUUGGUUAUGCAUCUACCCAGUUCUCCAUCACUGACCAGAUUCCUUUCGCGGUGACAUUAUCUCAGGUUGGUGACAUCAACCAGGGUGACCAAAGCUUUAUCCAGAACAGAGCUGUGUCCUUUAGCAUUGAUGUGCAUGACCCGAGCCAGUAUCUCAGUGGAUCAGACAUCAGCUUCAACUGGGAUUUCGGUGACAAUAGUGGAACUCUAAUCUCUCGAGAAGCUACCGUUACCCACACAUACCUCUCCACUGGUUCCUUCAGGCCACAGGUGGUUUUGAUGGCAGCCAUCUCAAACGGUUGUCAGAUCAAUCCAACUCCAGCUGCCACUGUUGUACCUCCUGUUUCCGUCACAGAUGAUGCUACAGCAUUGGAAAGCAUUGUGCUGACUGUUUCUCCUCAGCCUGAUGAUGGCAUGCCAGUGGCAGAUGAUGUGGCCACUGUAGCAGCCAAUGAUUUGGCAGUAGCAGAUGAUGUCGCCACUGUGGCAGCCAAUGAUUUGGCAGUAGCAGAUGAUGUCGCCACUGUAGCAGCCAAUGACUUGGCAGUAGCAGAUGAUGUCGUCACUGUGGCAGCCAAUGAUUUACCAGUAGCAGCUGAUGUCACUGUAGCAGCCAAUGAUUUGGCAGUAGCAGCUGAUGUCAUCACUGUGGCAGCCAAUGAUUUACCAGUAGCAGCUGAUGUCACUGUAGCACCCAAUGAUUUGCCAGUAGCAGCUGAUGUCAUCACUGUGGAAGCCAAUGAUUUGCCAGAAGCAGCUGAUGUCAUCACUGUAGCAGCCAAUGAUUUGGCAGUAGCGGCAACUGAUACAGCAGCUGACGUAGAUAAUGUUGCUCAGGAGGUUGCUGUAGACACAGCUGUAGCUAGUGAGGCUGCUGACAUAAAUCUGGCAGCGACGGUUCUCCCAGAAACCCCUGCUGAUGUAGAUGACACGGCCUCUGUUCAAACAGUCAUAGAACCAGUGGCACCGACUGGUGAUGCAACAAUCAUCAUCACUCCUGAGGCAGUGGAUGAAGUCGCAGCAUCUGUCAUACCUGCAACCGAAGCCAUCACUGGUGUAACUAGCAUACCUGAGGCAGCAGUGAGUGAACCAGAAGCUGAACCGGUGGCAGGAACUGAAGAAACACAGGCAGCUCUAGUCAUUGCCAAGCGGCAAGCUCCAGAAAUACCAGCAGAAGCAAACUGUGUGAUUUAUCGUUAUGGCUCCUUCUCUACAACUCUUACAGUUGUUCAGGGAAUAGAGAGUGUUGAGAUUGUGGAGGUGAAUAAUGUGGUGGUCAUGGCCACCGAGCUGGAGCAAAAUGCAGUGGACCUAACAGUCACAUGUCAGGGAAGCCUGCCUAGUCAAGUCUGCACCGUGGUGUCGGACGCGGACUGCACGAGUCCUGUCCAGAGCCUGCAGUGUAAUGACGUGACCCCAACCCCUGAGUGUCAGAUAGUGCUGCGGCAAUUCUUUAACAACUCUGGCACCUUCUGCAUCAAUGUGUCUCUGACCAAUGACGUCAGCUUGGCUGGAACCAGUGCAAUGCUCAGCGUGGCUAUAGACACAAAUUCACCAAGGAAUACGGCAGGAGCAAUACUGGGAGUCCUGGUUUUUAUUUGCGCUUUGGGGGCCAUUGCUUUUACCUACAGGCGGUUUAAGGAGUACCAUCCACUGAGAGAAGACGAUACCAGUAGCAGUUUAAGUUCUGGAAGAAGCUCGGUGUCUUUAAUGCUGUUAAGUCUUCUGAGCCGGAGACCCACUGCCGAGAGCCGUCCACUCCUAAUGGGACGAGUGGUGUGAAGGAAAGCUCAAAGCAUAUUACAUAGUCUGUACAAUCUCUCAACAAUAGAAUUAAAUAUAUACAGCGAGGACCUCAUUGUACUGUAAUAACAAAAAAAAAAUCAUAUGUAAGAUGCCUCACAUUGCCA